CGCAUUGGAGCAGGAAGUAAGCUCAUAGCUCUUCACGCAGCUGACAGGCAGAUCAACAAUAACAGACAGGUGGAGACUGACAAAAGUUGGGUUUCAGUAUUGCGACAGCAGGAGCUGAGUGGGAGCAGCAGCACUGCUUUCUUCUCAAGUGUUUCUGCUCUCAUUUACUGUACUGCGGUGUGUCUACCUUAUCUCUGCUAGAUGGCCACCAGAGGGAGUGCUCGGCCCAAUGGCCUGGCUCAAACCAAGAUUUGCCAAUUUAAACUUGUGCUUCUGGGUGACAUGGCAGUAGGCAAGUCCAGUCUAGUUCUACGAUUUGUCAAAGGACAGUUUGAUGAAUUUCAGGAAACCACUAUAGGAGCUGCAUUUCUGGCCCAGUCUGUCUGUCUGGACGACACAACUGUAAAAUUUGAAAUCUGGGACACUGCAGGGCAGGAGCGAUAUCACAGUCUAGCACCAAUGUAUUACCGGGGAGCUCAGGCUGCAAUUGUUGUAUUUGAUAUCACGAAACCAGAAACCUUUGAGCGUGCAAAAGCUUGGGUUAAAGAACUACAAAGACAGGCCAGCCCAAAUAUUGUUAUUGCACUAGCUGGGAACAAGUCUGACUUGGCCGAAAAGCGUAUGGUAGAAUACGAGGAAGCCCAGACAUAUGCAGAGGAUACCGGUUUACUUUUUAUGGAGACCUCAGCUAAGACAGCCAUGAAUGUAAAUGAGCUUUUUUUGGCUAUUGCCAAGAAAAUGCCAAAAACAGACACCCAGAACCCAGCACAUGCAGCCAGACACAGAGGAGUCAACCUUCAAGAUGCAGAAUCGCAGUCCAACAGAAGCUGCUGUGGCAAUUAAUAUCAACCUCAAGGCAUAUAGCUUACUUUCUUUUCUUUUAAUAUCUUUAGUUUCAGAACAAAACAAAGUAAUAACUAGUAAAAUACAUGUUGCUGAAAAAAGAUACCAUUGGAGUAUAUUGGUUUUGUAUCAAUGCAACUAAUAUAGGUUACUUUUUUUAAUAUGGAUCAUGAAUUUCCCAAUAAAUGAAAUAGCAUUUCUGUACAACCCAAGAUGGGCAUAUUCAUUCGAUUAUCAAGACUUGAACCUGAAUAAGCUUAAGACAUAAGAAAUUGACAGUCAUUUGAUAGCAGUGUUUUUCAUUAAAUAUUAUUUCUGCAUGGUUUAGACUAUUGUAGAUUUAUAGCAAAGUCUAUAUCUGGAUUGAAUUCAGCAUUGCAUUAGUUAUCAUUUUUUGGAUCAAAUGAUCUUACCAGUCAAAAUGAUGUGACAGGUUAUAAUUACCAUAUGCAGUAACUCAGUGUUUUUUUUUUUUUUUGCUUCACUGUGCUCUAUUCAUUAUUUGUGUUAGAUAGUGCUCUUCAAGGUAAAUUAUAAUUUACACUUUGUCUGAGUUAUUCAUUAACCGGCUAUUCUGAUUUUGAAAGUAUUAUUUAGAAAAUGAUUUUGACAAACUACUUUAAAAGCACAGAUAUUUUAGCCUUAGUAACAUCAUGAACAUUUCUGCAUCUUUUAUUUUACAAAAAGAUACUGUCAUACUCCAUCAAAAUUGUAAUUAUUUGAAGCUGCUAUUUCUGUCUCUUUCAGUUCACCUAAAUUAAUAUUAAGGCUUAUAAAUUAUAGACUAUGUUUUGCCUUUUUUAAUUCAGACUAGAAGUUGUUAACUGGACUGUUAUAUAUGUUUCUCCCCAUACUGCUACAUAUAGUAUGAUCGACAGAUAAUAGUAAUGAUUCACAAUAAAAUGUUUGCACAGCUAAUUUUUUGUGUUGAAAAAGUAUUUUUCUCUUCUUGA